UUCAUUCCUGACGCGUGCAGAGAAGUUACAGUUUGAGUGUUUUGUUGUUAGUUUAGCAGAUUCCUUCUGAAGCAUGAUGAACCUGUGGCUGAGCUGUUUUCUCCUGUUUGCGUCGCCGUUUCUGAGCAGCUCCGCUCCGACACCUGAGGAAUGCCAGGCGCUGGUCACACCUGUGUCUCUGGCCAACUCGUCUGUGACGUUCGGCAGAGUGAACCUCCUGGUGGGAUACUCAGACUAUGACGCUUUUAAAACCAUCAUGAAGAUGACGGACAGCGCCUGGAGGAAUAUAUCAGCGUUGCCAAUAAGCCCCACAGAGUUUCUCAUGUUUCAGACGCAGAAAAUAAAUGGAACCUGCGUUGAAGUAAAAUCAAAGGUGACGGUGGAGGGCGACACUGUAACAGCAUCAGCUACCAACACGACUUCAGUGUUUCACGUGCUGCCGAGCUGCAAGGGCUGUCUAGUCUUGAGCGCAACCACCACGGGCAAAAACUUCAAAAAUGUCCUCAAACUCUUGAAAAUCGACAGCGCUUCAGAAACUGAUGAGCUCCAUACUCGCGUUCUUUAUCUCUUUGGUGAGGGGUUGACCCUGAAGGACUCUGAUCUGGAGCAUUUUAAGAAGCAGGCGAGCUGCCUCGGCUUCUCUGGAGAACCGGACUUCCACUACAACCCUGAAAAAAGUUUCUGCCAGGAAGGUGAAGGAUUCAAGGUGCUGGAUUCCCAAUGACCCUCCAAACAACUACCGUAUUUUUCAGACUAUACGGCGCAAUAUCAAUGAACGGGUCUGUUUU